AUGAGUGAUUUAAAGAUUUGCGUGAUGGGAUCAGGUGGUACUGGAAAGAGCUGCAUCACCAUUCAAUUCAUUCAAGGUAGCUUUGUCGAACGUUACGACCCAACCAUCGAAGAUUCUUAUCGAAAACAUCUCGAAGUCGAUCAACGCGUUCGAGUUUUGGACAUUCUCGAUACGGCAGGUCAACAAGAAUAUUCAGCCAUGCGUGACUCCUACAUGCGAACAGGAGAUGGAUUUGUUUUCGUUUUUGAUUUGACAGAUCCUUCUUCCUUGGUCGAUGCUCUUGAAAUGCAUGAACAAUUACAACGAUCCAAAGAUAGAGAUGACGUUCCUGUUGUCCUUGUUGGUAACAAGUGUGAUUUAAUCAGCGAAAGAGCCAUUUCAAGAGAAGAAUGUUUGGCAGCAGCAAAGAAAUUGGGAAAUUAUUGUAAAUAUGUAGAAGCCUCUGCAAAGGAGAAUGUGAAUAUUACAACCAUUUUUGAGACAGUGGUGAAAUUGGUGGAUGGUUAUGAAGUGGAUGAGCAAAAUGGUGAGGAGACUGACGAGGAGGAAAAUGCCACCAAUUCUCAGAAGAAGGAAAACAAGUCUUCAAAGAAGAAGAAUCUUCGAUUGCCAAAGAUGAAAUUGAGUAAGGCACAAUGUUCGAUCUUGUAA